AUGACUACACUUGAAAAUAAAGUGGGCGAAAUUAGGACUUUGAUUGUCCCUAAAAAUCGCAGAACGCCAGUUCGCAACUCAUGGCCUUCAAUUGUUGAGGUGUUAACGAAGCAGCUCAAACUGAUGGUAUGUAUGAAGACAGAUAAAAAGUCAUGGAAAAUAUUUAUCAAAUCAUCUUCGGAAACAAGAGAUGCCCAGCACAUACAGAAGGGUUGUGAUUUUGUAAACGCUUUUCUGAAAGGCUUCAAGUAUGAGGAUGCGUUAGCUGUGGUUAGGAUUGAUGGUAUAUACGUCAAUUCAUUCCACAUAAUGGAUGUUAAACAAACAUUAAAAGGUGACCAUAUGGCUCGAGCAGUGGGACGUAUUUGUGGCGCUAAAGGCCGUAUUCGGAUGUGCAUUGAAAACGCUACACGUACUCGCAUAGUUGUUGCUGAUGAAACUAUCCAUAUUCUGGGCAGCAAUGACCGUAUAGCAGUGGCUCGACGUGCAAUCUGUGAUCUGAUAUUGGGUGCUCCACCAAACAAAAUUUUCGGAAAAAUUCGAACCCAUGCUGCCAGACUAGAUUCUUCUUUGUAA